GCUCAACGGAUGCUGGGUGGAGCCAGGCUAGCUGCAACACAGGCUGGCUGGCUGGGUGGGUGGCUGGGUGCCUAAGGGACUCUUGAUACUCCUUCUGGAGAAGCAAAGAGACUGACAUGGAGCAGGGGAAGGGUCUGGCUGGCCUCUUCCUGCUGAUCUCUCUUCUUCAAGGCACUGUAUCCCAGAAAGAUCAAGCAAAGCAUUUGAAGAUACAAGUAGAUGACAACCGAGGAGAUGGCUCUGUGCUUCUGACUUGCGACAUGAAUGACAAGACCAUCACGUGGCUUAAAGACGGGAGCAGAAUAAGUCCUCCCAACGCAACUAAAAACACAUGGAAUCUGGGCAACAGGGCCAAAGACCCUCGAGGCACGUAUCAGUGUCAAGGAGCAAAGGAGAAGUCCAAGUCCCUGCAAGUGUAUUACAGAAUGUGUGAGAACUGCAUUGAGCUAAAUAUAGGCACCAUAUCUGGCUUCAUCUUUGCUGAAAUCAUCAGCAUUUUCUUCCUUGCUGUUGGUGUAUACUUCAUUGCUGGACAGGAUGGAGUUCACCAGUCAAGAGCUUCAGACAAGCAGACUCUGCUGCAAAAUGAACAGCUUUACCAGCCCCUCAAGGAUCGGGAAUAUGACCAGUACAGCCAUCUUCAAGGAAACCAAGUGAGGAAGAAGUGAACUCAGAAGGACUCAGAGUGUUCCCCCUUCUAUCCAGCACCCAGAAUCAAAGCAAUGCAUUUUGGAGAGAACCCAGUAGAGAGAUUUUUCAACCCUACAGUUAGACUGCAAGAAGAAAGGAAGGACUGUCAGAGAAAUUGUGGUCUUUUUUUUUUUUUCAAAAUAAAAUAAAAACUUGGGGGAGCCAGUGGUGUGCCUCAGAAGCCAGCACUUGUCACGCUUGCUUGAGGCUCUAGGUGAGCUUCUCAGCACCCCACCCUCAGGCCCCCCAAAAGCAGUGAAAGAAAACAAGCACAGCAUGGUGUUUGCAGAGCGCCCCUACUGGGAAAAUUGUAAAUGACAAAAUUAAAUGAUCAAGUAUAACCUACCUCUUGGUCCAAAUAAACAAUUCUUCUUUCAA